GGGGGGGGGGGUCAAAUCGCCCGAUUUCGCGCCCGACUUCGGCAUGGCGGGAUCAGUUCCGCAUGUCCCGGUGCCGCCGCAUCCCACGGUGGUGCUGCUGAACGCGCGGCCCUGGCUCUACGACAUCAAGGCCACCAGCCUCAAGGAGGUUUCAGAGGAGCAACUGGCUGAGGCGGUGCAUGGUGCGGACGUGGUUUGGCUUCAAGGCGUUUGGGAGCUAGGCCCCUACGGGCGGCAGCACGACCUGGCGGACCCCGGGCGUGUCCAGCACUUCCGCGACUGCCUGGCGGACUUCUCGGAGGCGGACUGCAUCGGCUCCCCCUACGCCAUCAGCCGGUACUGCUGCAACCGAGCGGAGCUUGGCACCGAGGAGGACCUCGCCUCCUUCCGCGCGCGCUUGGCCAAGCGCAAGGUGGGCCUGAUGCUGGACUUCGUGCCCAACCACAUGGCAAGGGACAGCCCCUGGAUCGACAAGCCUGGGCUCUUCAUACAAGGUUCCGAGGGGCCCGUCUUCGGCCGGGACCCCUACUCGGGGGACUGGACAGAUACGGCGCAGCUGAACUACUGGUCUGAGACCUGCCGGGAGCACAUGCUGCAGGAGCUGCUGAGCCUGGCGGAGCGCUGUGAUGGCGCCAGGGUGGACAUGGCCAUGCUUUGCAUCAACGAUGUGAUCGAGAGGACCUGGGGCCCGCUGCUGCGGGAGCAAGGCUUCCAGCGCCCCAAGGAGGAGUUCUGGCUCUGGGCGCUGCCGCGGCUCCGGGAGCGCCACCCGGAUUUCCUGCUGAUGGCCGAGUGCUACGAGUACGAUGAGAUCCUGCCGAGCGGCACCAUGUUGGAGAUCUUGCGGCAAGGCUUCAGCGCUGCCUACGACAAGGUGGUCUAUGACAGGCUGACGGAGGGCCACUUGGACAAGCUGCGGGGCCACAUCUAUGGCCACCCGUGCAUGGCCACAGGCCAGCUGUGUCACUUCACGGAGAACCACGACGAGGACCGCGCCGCUUUCCACUUUGAGGGGAAAGCCAUGGCUGCCGCCCUGGCGUCCCUCACCCUGCCAGGGCCCCGCAUGGUCAUGUGGGGCCAGGCGCAGGGCUUUAAGGCCCGCUUGGCCGUCCAUUUGCGGCGCGCAAGCAAGGAGGCCCCAGACGCCGCCAUCGCCCAAGCCAUGCGCGGCUUGAUCGCUGCCUUGCCUAGCUGUCGGGGCCAGUGGAAGGAGCUGCAAAUCCGGGGUGAUGCUGCCUGGAGGUUUCUUGCCUGGUCCUGGAAGGGUGCUGCAGAUGUGGCGGCAUCAGUGGUUGUUGUGAACUAUUCUGAUGAAGAGGCAUGGGCAAACGUCGAGCUUGGAGGACUGUUCGAGGGCAAGGGCGACACGUUGUGCAUGGCAGACGCCCUCACUGGAGAGGUCUUCGAGAGGAGCUUGGCGGCUCUUGGAGCUGAGGGCCUGGUGGUAGGCCUCAAGCCCUUCCAGUCCCACCUGUUGCUGUGCAACUUCAAGUGAUUCGGCGGCCGACUGCAAAUCCUUGCCUAAGGAAUAAUAAACCCGUAGGUUGAUGAGGGUGUUGACACCCAUUUAAGAGCCGGAGCUGGCAAAGUGCACUUCCUUUACUACACCUUUCGAUCCGGAGCUGCCAAAGGGAAUCCGGUCGGCGCUUUUGCGCGCAACAUGCCCUUUCUUGUUUCAGGUUGAUUCACCCGGUGACA